AUGGGAGGUUGCGUGUCGACGCCAAAGAGCUGUGUAGGAGCGAAGCUGAGGUCAAGUAAGCGAAGGAAGAGUCGUAAAAGACGAAAGUUUCAACGCAAGCGAGCCGCCUCUUCUCGUUUUUCUGAUGGAUCUUUCGACAAUCUCGAUCAUCCUCGUAACUUCCCAAAUCCCAGUUUCCGAGCAAAUGGUGAAGAAGCAUGGUUCGAGUCCAAUGCCGCAUUUGAAACAGACUGCGAUGAUGAUUUUCACAGUGUCAACGAAGAUACAUCGUCAUUAAACGGAGGUGAGGGUGUAUCAGGCAGCUCCAGUACUUCAACCACAUCAACAACGCGAGACUCUGAUUCAAACUCAAACGAAGCCAUGUCGCAAUCGAAAUCCGACGGUGACUUAAAUGACACAGCAAAGCAGCCUGACACCAUAGACUCAUCUGCGGACGAAGGACUCUCGGAAAACUGCAGGAUCUUGCCGAGUAACUGCUUGCCUUGUCUGAAUCCAAUAAGUGUUGUUCCUUCUGUUGACAAGAGAAGGUCUCUUAGCGCAAGCCCUCCCAGUUCGAGGAAGAAAGCGUCUCUUAGACUCUCUUCUUAUAAAUGGAGAGAAGGUCAUGCCUCAGGGGCCUUGUUCUCUUCUAAACUGGUGUUGAAGAGACCGGUAGCUGGCUCUCAGGUUCCGUUCGUUCCAAUCGACAAGAAAAUGCUCGAUUGCUGGACAACUAUCGAACCGAACAGCUUCCGUGUUCGUGGCAAAACUUAUCUCAGGGAUAAGAAGAAAGAGUUGGCUCCUAGCCAUGCUGCGUAUAAUCCUUUUGGUGUCGAUGUGUUCUUGUCGGAACAUAAGAUACACCAUGUCGCACAAUAUGUCAAGCUUCCAGUUACUGCUCCAUCCACCAAUCUCCCAGCUAUUCUUGUUGUCAAUGUUCAGAUUCCGUUGUAUCCGACUGCAAUCUUUCAAGGGGAAUCUGAUGGAGAAGGAAUGAAUAUUGUUCUCUACUUCAAGCUUUCGGAGAAUUAUUCAAAGGAGCUUCCUCUCCAUUUUCAAGAAAGCAUUCGGAGAUUAAUAGAUGAUGAGGUUGAGAAAGUGAAAGGCUUCCCAAUGGAUUCAACAGCGGCUUUUAGAGAACGGCUUAAGAUAUUGGGACGUGUUGCAAACGUGGAUGAUCUUCAUUUGAGUGUUCCAGAGAAGAAGCUGAUGCAGACUUACAAUGAGAAACCUGUUCUUUCGCGUCCGCAGCAUGAAUUCUACUCGGGAGAAAAUUACUUUGAGAUUGAUAUUGAUAUGCAUAGAUUCGGUUAUAUAUCCCGGAAAGGUUUUGAAACAUUCAUAGACAGACUCAAGAUUUGUGUUCUUGAUGUUGGCCUCACAAUUCAGGGGAACAAACCAGAGGAGCUACCGGAGAAUAUUCUGUGUUGCGUCAGGCUAAAUGGGAUUGAUUUCAUGAAUUAUCAUCAAUUAACUCAAGAGCUCCAAUGA